CACACACACGCCAUCCUUCCCGCAGUGUGGGAGCUGCAAGCUGCUGUCUCAACACAACCAUGUGAUUGUUGGCCGCUUUUUUGGUUUUUUUUUUUUGCUUUGUUUUUGGGGCUGGGACGGCGUGAAGUGCUCCUCAUGGAUGCUCGGAGCAGAUCUCCGGCGAGCCGAGCAGCAGCAGCACCAGCAGCACCACCACGUCACCCCGAGAGGCAGCGGCGUUGGAGAGCAGCAAUGGUCAAGUCAGCGAGAACCGCAGUGGAGCCGCACUGAGGCAAAUCCAGCCAAGCAGCCCCUGGUGUCCCGGGGGUGAGGGGGGGUUCCCAGCACUUUGAGGGGCGCAGGAAGCUGCGGACGUCCCAAUCUUUCCCCCCGAAACGCAGAUUAUUUCGCAUCCCCGCCGCAAGAUGACGGUGGUAUCAGGAGACAACGUGGACGAGACCUCGGCCGUGCCCGGCCACCCCCAGGACGCCUACCCGCCCCCGGACCACAACGACCACGAGUGCUGCGAGAGGGUGGUCAUCAACAUCGCCGGCCUCAGGUUUGAAACCCAGCUGAAAACUCUAUCGCAGUUUCCCGAAACGCUGCUGGGCAACCCCAAAAAGCGCAUGCGCUACUUCGACCCCCUGCGGAACGAGUACUUCUUCGACCGGAACAGGCCCAGCUUUGACGCCAUCCUUUACUACUACCAGUCCGGGGGUCGGCUGCGGAGACCCGUUAACGUCCCCUUGGAUAUGUUCUCGGAGGAGAUCAAGUUCUACGAGCUGGGGGUGGACGCCAUGGAGAGGUUCAGAGAAGACGAGGGGUUCAUUCGGGAGGAGGAGCGCCCCCUGCCGGAGAAGGAGUUCCAGCGUCAGAUCUGGCUACUCUUUGAGCACCCGGAGAGCUCGGGCACCGCCAGGGGGAUCGCCAUCGUGUCGGUGAUGGUCAUCUUGAUUUCCAUUGUCAUAUUUUGUUUGGAGACUCUACCGCAACUGAAGGAGGACCCUAGGGGUCACUUGGAGACUGUGGGCAACACCACCAUUUACUACAAACCCAACAUUCUCACUGACCCCUUCUUCAUCAUCGAGACUCUCUGCAUUAUCUGGUUCUCCUUUGAGUUGAUUGUGCGCUUCCUGGCAUGUCCCAGCAAGCCGGCCUUCUUCAAGAACAUGAUGAACACCAUUGACAUUGUGGCCAUCAUCCCCUACUUCAUCACGCUGGGCACCGAGCUGGCCGAAGACCCCGAUACCGAGGGGGUCGGUGAGCAGGCAACGUCUCUGGCUAUUCUCAGGGUGAUCCGUCUGGUCAGGGUGUUUCGGAUCUUCAAGCUGUCCCGACACUCCAAAGGACUGCAGAUCUUGGGGCAGACCCUCAAGGCCAGUAUGCGGGAGCUGGGACUGCUCAUCUUCUUCCUAUUCAUCGGGGUCAUCUUGUUCUCCAGCGCCGUCUACUUCGCAGAGGCCGAGGAGCAGGAUUCGCAGUUCGGGAGCAUCCCGGACGCCUUCUGGUGGGCGGUGGUGUCCAUGACCACCGUGGGCUACGGGGACAUGGUGCCGGUCACCAUCGGGGGAAAGAUUGUGGGGUCUCUGUGCGCCAUCGCCGGUGUGUUAACCAUUGCCCUCCCCGUGCCCGUCAUUGUGUCCAACUUCAACUACUUCUACCACCGGGAGACGGAGGGCGAGGAGCAGGCGCAGCUGCUCAACGUCAGCAACCCCAACAUCCCGUCUGACACCAACUCCAGCCGUCGAAGUUCGUCCGUGGUCAGCAAAUCAGAGUACAUGGAGAUCGACGGCGACCUCAACAACAGCAUCGACAACUUUAGGGAGGCCAACCUGAGAACUGGCAACUGCACUUUAGCCAACCAGAACUGUGUGAACAAGAGCAAGCUUCUCACAGACGUUUAGCUAGCAAGACUUUGGAGGGGUUAGCUUCCCUUAGGGUGCGUUCACACUUGUCAACUUUGCUUCCGUCAAAACCAAGUCUGGGGCGUUUGCUUUGGUCGGUCGGGGUCAAAUGUGGACCUGAUUACUGGAAGCCACACAAGUUGACCCGAGACCACUUGAGCUCAAAUGUGAAUGCUGCACGGAGCAAAUGACAAAUAUAUGUCUAAGCUCUGUAUGUGUCUCUAAGAGUACAUCUCCUGUGGCAUUAAAGACCUCCAUUCAACCCUGCAGUUUGAAAGCUUGGAGUCCAUUGAAGUCCUUGCUUCAAACAACUGCUAUCAAAUGACUACACCAAUCUGAUUAAUGGCACUUUGGAAUCUGGAUUAAUCAUGAGCAUCUAUAGUCAAAAAGAUGAUUGAUGCCUCUGUGAUUGGUCACUCCAGUUCCCUACUUGACUUUCCUGCACAGCCUUGGGUCACAUGACAAAAACACCAGCCACACCGACGGUUCUCAUGUUUUUGUACUGAAGCGCAAGUGUGAACGCAGCCGCAGGCUUUCGUUAGGCCUCAUCUCAGUAGACGCUGUUAGAGUAGUUAGAUAGGCUAAUGAAUUCUUCCCCUCCCGCAAGUAUGUACCUCCCCUCUCCAAAAUGCUACCGAUAACCUCACGCAGGUGUUAGGACGCAGAGCACACACACAGCAGGCAAUAUACUGCAUGGACACGCACGCUUCUGCAGCCAUGCGGCUCUCCAAAAAGAAGAAGCCAGCCAUCCAUCGUCCUCCACUCGCCCGCACCCGCUCUUUGAAGGAUCUAAAAGCACCUUAUAGGAGGAAGACCGAUCUGGAUGUAAACACCCCGCACCUGCUCCCCCCUCCCCUUCCUGGAUAUCCGCAGUGGAAUCGUGCAGAUGACAGAGAACCACGGGCUUUAACGCAUGAUGACUUGACUUUCCAUUGGGACGCAUGCAGUGACACGUACCUACCGCACUCGCCCGUGCCGGGUGACCCCCGCCCGCAGGAUGUCACAGUCCAACACCAGAUGAGGGUUUGAUUUGACACAUUUAGAGAGGUGACCGGGAAGACACCAGAUCAUAGCAUGAUGAGGAACCUGCAUUAUGGUCUUUGGACAGGGGUUGUACCCUGGCAUAUUUAUCAAUGCAUGACAUGAGUAAGCAAGCUUGUUGCAACUCAGGCACUCUGCAGUGUCCUUUUUGUCUUCGGUCAGGGAAAAGGAAAGGAAAUCCGAUCCUUGCAUCGCAUUCAGAUAUAGCCAGAAUCUAACGAGUACUUAACAAGACUAAAUAACCAUUUAAUGAUAAGUGAGCUCCAAUAGCGCCGUGCAUGAGACAAUUAACCGUGCUUCCACUAAAUUGACUUCUUGGGAUGAUUCUGACUGCUAUGAGUUGCUAGUGCCUUUAUUCCACUCACCACCAGGACCAGUGGAAGUGCCUCUCAAGUCGUAAAAAGGAUGUGUGAGGUCGAGCAGAGCUGCUUGAGACGUUGGCUGUAUUAAUAAUAAUGUGAGCCAUGAGUGGGUGAAAAAAAAACGCACAAGCUGGUUUUCAUGCCCUCGCCGCUUAAUGAAGCAGCAGCGACGUAAUGUACUUUCCAUGUUUACCAAUCCAAAUCAAAAGGGAAUAUUUACAGCUUUUGGCCAUCACUUAUUCAUGCCUGGCUUUGGUUUGGGUUUUUUUGGUGAGUGUGCAUCCUUUUCAGGGUCUCUACCUCAGUGAGGUCAUUGCAAACUUGCUGCAUGCAAGCUUCAAUGCAGGGCUUCCUUACAACAACGGAGCCAUAACGCUCAAAAACUGCAGUGGUGCAAUAUUGAAUGUGAGCGUCCCAAAGCAUCGCCGCCCUUACACGAGCACUUAAAGGAGAGAGAGCGAGAGAGAGAGAGAAGUGUAUCACCAUUACGCUCCAUCUCUUUAGUCAGUCUUGUUUUCUUCCACUUAUGACGCUACGCACAAUCAGAAUGUUGAAUUGUAGAGAUUGUUUGAACUCUCCUUCCUGAGGGACGCUUUUAUAGACGCAUCUUUCUUUAACACCACGCUCCCCAAAGCUGUGUGACAAACCCCCAACACACACACACACACACACACACACACACACACACACACACACACACACACACACACACACACACACACACACGCUUGGUAUCCUUGACUGCAGCUCCCGGGCAUUAUGAUGAACACAACAGUGCACAAUUUGCACAGCUACUUUUCUUUUUAGGAAUACUGCGCUUGCUGUUAGUAGUUUGUUUUAUUUGUUUUAUUGGAUGUAUGUAUUUUUUUUUUAAUAUUAUAUUUUAAAUGUUGUCAUUUAUUUAUUAUCAUUAUUUUUUUUUUACUAUUAUGUAUAUAGAAUGUAUUAUUUUGCAUUAUUUCACUUUCUCAAGUCACUGUAGCCGGACUGGAACUUUAAUGAGUGAACAUCCAUUUUCAAUAAAUUAUUUGGAUAAUAUUUUUUUUUUAAUUAUUUAUUCAUCAAUAUAUCAUCAAAAAUAUAUAUCUGUGGAUGUUUUUUUUUUAAAUAAAUAUAAAUGCUAUUUUUAAAAGGUGCGAGAUUUUAAUAGUAUAAUUACUUAUAAAAGUAUUAUUUAUUCUUUUAAAUGAUUCAAUAUUGGCUCAGGUCAGCUUGGUUUUAAUACAGGUCUUUAUUUAUUUUAUUACAUUAUUGUUUCACAUAUUUUAGUGUUUUUUUUUUUUUAAUUAAUGUAUUUAAUUGUUCCAGGACAGCUAAUUGCAGAUUGGUCAAAAAAUGGUGAAAAUAAAUAUUUUGAGCCAAAUGGAAAAACAAGUGGCAUUAAACAUAAAUUUAAAUGAAAUGUAAGCGUUUCAUAUCAUUACAUUUUUCAAUGAUAAUUGUUACAUAUUGCCGCACUGCAGGCGAGAUACAACAUCUCCCACUCGUCAUAAAUAAUUUGCACCACCAAUGAUCUAUUUCUAUUCAUUUGGAAUGUUUACGUGAUCAUUUUGAAAGUCUUUCAUUCCAGGAUUGAAGUGUUCCAGACAGCUUGGCUGGAACACCAUGUCAUCAAUUGAGACUAAUUCUCUGGAAGAAGAUAAUAAUAGAACAUUUGGUAGUCCUGCACUGUCCCGACAAGGUCUCGGGACGUAAAAAAAAGGAAGAUGCUUGACUGCGGUGUUGUUUGAAAGUCACAUCUUGCUGCAGUGGCUGCCCUUCACCGUGCUCUCGGGCAGCUUGGCUUUUCUUAUCAUUAGCAUUUGUUUUCAUCCUUUGGGGUCCUGUUUGGUGUUUUUACCUCCCUGUACUGUAUUGACCGAGGUCCAUGUCGCACAAUUGCAAUCUGCAGACAUACUUGGAUCAAACAUGCAACGCUUUGCUGGCCCGCCAUUGUUGCUGCUCUGCUGUUUGAAUGGUGCUAUGCAUUGGACGGAAACAAACAUGCACUCUGAACAGCAAUAGAAUAAAAGCUCUUUCCUUGUCUUUUUCAAAACUUACAUGCUCAUCGGCAGGCCGUCCUCAUGCUUUUCCACGUCCUGGAACUUUGAAGGCCAUUAGCAGUCAGGAUUUAGGACAAGUCAACAUGAAAGGGAGUCAGGGAGGCGUAAUGAGACACAGUAACGUAGAUAUCUACUAUUGCAAUCAAUGUAACAAGUAUAGUAGGAAAAUAGUCACUUUUUUAGUGGACCAAGAUGCUCCAAAAGUAGGGAUAUUUGACCUCCACCCGCUGAAGCUUAGGAAGAACAAACUGCAUGGUUGACAGAAGACUGCAUGAGCUUUGCCUUUCCAGACUGUGCAUCAAUGUUAGGACAUGUUCUGCCUUUUGUUUCGGAGGAGACCCUUUGCUUCAUCGGGCCCCCCGCUGGAGCUCUGACCCCAAUGCAAGGGAAGCGUUAACAGGGUUUUACCGGCCGAAAAAGGGCAGAGGGACGCAAGCAAGGACGUUUAAGGGCCUCUGCGAGCAACUUUGUUCUUCUUUGACCAGGUGUUGUCGUGCCAGCCACACCUGUCACUUCCUGUCCAGGAGAAGCCGGCCCACCGUGGAGCAAAAAAAAACAAAAAAACGACAACAACCAAACAAAAAAGAAGAAAGACUUUGGAACUCUGGUUUUUCUCAUCCCAAGCAAAGCGAUUGUAUCCAAGCACCAUUGUCAUCUUGUGUUUACCGAGGAUUAUGCUAGUGUGACGACAAAAGGCAUGGUCUGUGAUCUAUGCAAGGGUAAUCUUUUCCUUUUUUUUAUGAUAGCACUUAUGAGUUCUUAUUCUAUUUACUCAAAUAAAUUUGUAUGGAUCCGAUGGUGUUUAGUUGUUUUUGAGGAUACAGGCGGACAUUGAGUGUGAGGACAAGUAUUGAGGCCACAGCAAGAAUACUUUGGUUAUGUUACCUGAAAAAUGCAUGGGAAUGUUACGGGAAAGAUGUUAAAAAUACAAGGAAAUUUGUCACGGGAAAAUAGUUGGAAUGGUAUGAGAAAAGUCCAUUUGGAAAAAAAGUUUUAAGUGAUAAUAUGACAAAGAAAAAGGGUGAGAAGAACAGAAUACAGAGACUACAGUUCUGAAAUGACACUCAAACAUUUCUGGCCAUUUAAGUUCACCUUGUAAUAGAAGGGGAAAAAGUUGUCAUGUCAUUAGAGAAAAGUAACAAAAUAACUUUUUUUAAAAAGGUGGAUUGUCACAAGAUGAAAAUUGCUAUGCUAAUGUGAUCAAAGCAAUAAUGUCACCAGAAUAAAAGUCUUAAAU